UUCCGUUGUCCUGAAAGAGCUCCAUGAAUCUUAGCUCAUUCUGAGAUGCGAAGCUGAAUCAGCGAUAUCGAUUUCUAACGAACCUGCAUUUCCUGCUAUAUUUUAUUAACAUUUAAAACGCGCGUUUGUAUGUCAUGUAACAUGUUUGGGAAAUAUGUUUCAUAUGUGUCGCUAUAAUUGAACAAUCUCACUCUAAAACGUUUGAAUACAGUAAAAAUGCAAUUUGUCGCUAAACGGUGCGGGGUGAAAUUCAGCCCACCAUCCGUCGUAUUGAUUUAUGAAAGUAAAGAUACCAAAACGAUACGUAAACGAAUCAUACCUGUGAGGAACUUUUCGAAAUGCUCAGACUGCUGCACAGCUGCUAACAGAAUGAAGUACCACGUUCGGCACAGGGAAUACCUGGAAGGUGUGACGUUGGCACAACUGGAGAGGCUUCAUAUCGUGUUGCAGGAUCACAUGCAGGGCCGCAGUCUAGAGCAUACUCUUGCCUCCCUCCGCUUGGACCCUGAGGAGGACCUCAACAAGCUGGAUGAUGAGGAUCUGGCCCGCAAGAAGGCCCAAAUGGAUGAACUCUUUGAGUGCAACAGAAGGCAGAAAGAUGACCCUGGUUUUGUCUAUGACCUGGAAGUGGAAUUUAAAGCAGAAGGCCGGGAACCCUGCAGCUGGGAUGAAGAGACGUCAGAUGAUGGGUUUUAAAAUAAUCCAGAGCAGGAGUGUUUCUGUUCAUCAGCAAAGCAACCAGACUGUUCAUUGAUUGUUGAUCAAUGGUCAUUAACUUGUAUAACAAUUUUCACUUUUCUCAAUGAAGCAAUCACCAACCGUAUCCAAUUGAAUAUAAACUAAAAACAACCGUAACAGAUGCUUUUGAAAUAUGGAAUUGUAAACGUUUAUUGAUAUGAAACACAGAUGUAAAAAAAAAAAAAAAUACAAAUACUUUGGCUCCUCGGCCUUCUGUUUCACCAGCAUUGCACUUCAAUAAGUGAUAUUCACAGUUGAAUAAAGAAAAAUUUAAGCUAAA